AUGGCCAACUUGGAUCGGGUACAGCGCUACGCCACCCGCCUAGUCGCGGGACUUGACGGCAUCAGCUAUGAAGGUCGGCUCCAGGCACUCGAGCUCUACCCCGUUAGCUACAGGAGACUCCGCGGGGAUUUGAUCUACCUGUGGAAGGUUCUACGUGGCGAUCUGGGACCGGAGUUACGUGCUCUGUUUCCAUUGCGAGCUUGCAACCGGACGCGCGGCCACAGGCUCACCCUCCGGAAGCUUGAGUCAACGGGGCUUCCUCUGGUCUAUCGCCUUUCCCGGAGGGCGACUUACCUCUGGAAUUCACUCCCGUCGGAGGUGGUGGAAAAGCAAAACGAGGCGCGUUUCAAACGCCGUCUCGACGAGCACUUGGUGAGACGAUGGCAGCUUGCAGACCACUAA